UUUAUUGACUUCUCCCUCAGUUCAAACCGGAAGUUAAUUUUGGAUUGUAUCAAACGUCAAUUUUAUAACAAAAUGCCAUAUGCAAACCAACCUACAGUUCAAAUCACCCAAGUUUCGGACGAGAAUAUAAAAUUUAUCCUUGAAGAUACCGAUCUGAGUGUGGCAAAUGCAUUGAGACGAGUAUGCAUUGCAGAAGUUCCAACCAUGGCAAUAGACUGGGUGCAGAUCGAGUCCAACUCUACAGUGCUGUUUGAUGAGUUUAUAUCACAUCGUAUUGGACUGAUUCCUCUCACAAGUGACGAUGUUGUCGACAGAAUGCAAUACUCCAGGGAUUGUACAUGUGAAGAGUUCUGUCCUGAUUGUUCAGUUGAGUUUACAUUAGAUGUGAAAUGCCAGGAUGAUGCAACACGUCAUGUGACCAGUGCUGAUCUCAUCUCCAGCAACCCAAAAAUAGUUCCAGUCACAUCAAGAAAUCGAGAAGAUGCUAAUGAAUAUGAAGACACGGAUGACAUACUGAUUGUCAAGUUGAGAAAAGGUCAAGAACUGAAGGUGAAAGCUUUUGCACGGAAGGGUUUUGCCAAAGAGCAUGCUAAAUGGAACCCUACAUGUGGUGUGGCAUUUGAGUAUGAUCCUGACAAUGCACUUCGCCACACAACUUUCCCAAUUCCAGAGGAGUGGCCAAAAAGUGAAUUCUCUGAAAUAGAUGAGGAUGAACAUCAAGCACCAUUUGACCCAACUGGUUUUCCUAACAAGUACUACUACAACAUCGAAUCAUGCGGGUCUCUCAAGCCAGAAAAUAUUUUGUUCUCUGGUCUCUCCGUCCUCAAGAAUAAGCUUAGCAACCUCCAGACACAACUUAGUCAUGAAAUACAGAGUGACGUUCUCGCAGUGUGACAUUUUCCUUCAGUGUUUCUUUGUUCUGGAGAAAAACUUCUAUGAGUGGCUGGCAUUCACUACAAAUGAAUGCAUCUUUGAGGCUGCUAUGUUUGAAAAAAAACUUCAGCAAUGUAAAUUUGUGAAAAUGUUUUAAAAAUUAUUGAACUAUUACAUGUCUCAUUGAGAUAGAACAGAUCUGUGAAACAUUUUUAUGCCCCCGAAGGGAGGCAUAUAGUUUUUGAACCGUCUGUCAGUCUGCCAGUCUGUCUGCAAUUUUUGUGUCCGGUCCAUAUUUUUGUCAUCGAUGGAUGGAUUUUCAAAUAACUUGGCAUGAAUGUGUACCACAGUAAGAUGACGUGUCGCACACAAGAUCCAGGUCUGUAGCUCAAAGGUCAAGGUCACACUUAGACGUUAAAGGUCAUAUUUCAUGAUAGUGCAUUGAUGGGCGUGUCCGGUCCAUAUCUUUGUCAGAACAGAUCUGUGAAACAUUUUUAUGCCCCCGAAGGGAGGCAUAUAGUUUUUGAACCGUCUGUCAGUCUGUCGGUGUGUCCGCAAUUUUCAUGUCCGGUCCAUAUCUUUGUCAUCGAUGGAUGGAUUUUCAAAUAACUUGGCAUGAAUGUGUACCACAGUAAGACGACGUGUCGCGCGAAAGACCCAGGUCCGUAGCUCAAAGGUCAAGGUCACACUUAGACGUUAAAGGUCAUUUUUCAUGAUAGUGCAUUCGUGUCCGGUCCAUAUCUUUGUCAUCCAUCGAUGGAUUUUCAAAUAACUUGGCAUGAAUGUGUACCACAGUAAGACGACGUGUCGCGCGCAAGACCCAGGUCCGUAGCUCAAAGGUCAAGGUCACACUUAGACGUUAAAGGUCAUAUUUCAUGAUAGUGCAUUGAUCGGCGUGUCCGGUCCAUAUCUUUGUCAUUCAUGCAUGGAUUUUAAAAUUAUUGGGGAUGAAUGUGUACCACAGUAAGACGACGUGUCGCGCGCAAGACCCAGGUCCAUAGGUCAAAGGUCCUAAACUCUAACAUCGGCCAUAACUAUUCAUUCAAAGUGCCAUCGGGGGCAUGUGUCAUCCUAUGGAGACAGCUCUUGUUUAACCUAUGAUAGUUUGAUUGCCACAAUUUUUUACCUAUACCGCGACAUAAGUGAUGUGACGUCACACGAUGACAUUGACUGACUAUUGUUGUUCGUAGUAGACAUGGAUAUUUCUUGCAUGAUAUCUUAUUCAUUUUCACACAUUUAUUGAUGCAUAUGACAUGAAAUAUUGUGGUAAAGACAAGAAACACACUGUUGUGUUGUUUCUUGUUUAAUGUUGUUGCGUCGAAUGUCAAGUACCGCGACAAUACAGAUGAACGGUAUAAUUUAUGUAAGAAAUUGAUAUUUGCUGAAAGUAAAAAAGCAUGCAUAUCAUUUUGACGACUGUUAAUCAUGUGACAUGGAUAAACUCAGCUUGGAGUCAGGUUUAGGAAUGCCACAUACUUAGUUCAAAAACAGCUAGUUACAUGCUAAAGUUUUUACAAUUGUCUCCAAGCUUCGCUUUAUAUAUUGAACCAAUAUUUGUUUAUCAUAGGCAUUUACUAUUAGUUUUUUGAGUUCUUGUGGUACAAAUUUUAGCAUCUGUGGUAAGCACUCUGCACAUAUUUUCAUGGAAGUCAAGACAUCUGUUGUCUUGCUUUUACAGCCAUAAUUAUUUGAGCCGCGCCAUGAGAAAACCAACAUAGUGGCUUUGCGACCAGCAUGGAUCCAGACCAGCCUGCGCAUCUGCGCAGUCUGGCCAGGAUCCAUGCUGUUCACUAACAGUUUCUCCAAUUCCAAUAGGCUUUAAAAGCGAACAGCAUGGACCCUGACCAGACUGCGCGGAUGCCCAGGCUGGUCUGGAUCCAUGCUGGUCGCAAACCCACUAUGUUGGUUUUCUCAUGGCAUGGCUCAUUUUCUUAAAAGAAAAGAUUUCUAGCAUGUGGCCAACCAGAUUAUUGGUUCUAUGCAAAAGCAUUCCUAUUUUUGAUUGAAGUAUUGUUGAGCAUCUUGGAGUUUCCUUUGCAUAACACAGUCUUUACUAAUGAAUGAGGAAAUAAUUUCAUUUGAAAUAAUUUUGCUUUUUUGUGCAAUUCAUUUUCUCAGUGUAUAAAUAUGGUCUUCAAGUCCAAAUAUUUUAAAGGGUUCCUGUCACAGGAUUUCAUAAAAAUUUGGCAUACCCUGAAGUGAAUUUUAGUAGUUACUUUUAUAUAAUUUUCAUAAUUAUAUUGUUCUGCAAUUUGUACAGCUCACAGUUAUGAUGUGAUGUCAUCCUUUCUCAGUACCAUUUACUUGUUGAAUGUAAGUAAAGCAUAUAAAUAUGUU